AUGGAAGCAUGGCGGCAGUGCGCCCACUGGCUGGUGGCGGCGCGGGUGCUGCCCACGGGGCACCGGGCGAGCAGCCCCGGGGGGCAGGUGUGGGACCUGGCGCAGGCGCUGCGGGACGGGGUGCUGCUCUGCCACCUCCUCAACGCCCUUCUGCCCCGUGCCGUGCCCCCCCGCGACAUCUGUCCCCGUCCCCAGAUGUCACAGUUCCUGUGCCUGAGGAACAUCCGCACCUUCCUGACCGCCUGCGCCGACAAAUUUGGGCUCCCGAAGCACCGGCUCUUCGGCGCCUUUGACCUCUUCGACGUCCAAGACUUCGGCAAGGUGAUUGACACCCUCUCAACUCUCUCCUGGACCCCCAUCGCCCAGAGCAAAGGCUUCACGCCCUUCCCUACCGAGGACUGCGUUGAGGACGAUGACAUCUACAGCGGCCUCUCUGACCUCAUCGACGACACGGCAGAGGAGGACGACGACCUCUACGACUGCGUCGAAGCCGAAGGGGACGAUGGCGAUGACAUCUACGAGGACCUGAUGCGGGUGGAACCCCCCCCAGCUAUGGUGGAGGUGGACCGGAGGCUCUGCUGCCUCCAGGAGUUGAGACAGACGGAGGAGAGGUACACCGAGACCCUCGAGUCCAUCUGCCAGCACUUCCUGCGGCCGCUGCGGCACUUCCUGCAGCCCCAAGACCUCGAGAGCAUCUUCAUCAACAUCGAGGAGCUGCUGCAGCUGCACCGGCUCUUCCUGGGGGAGCUGCGGGGGGCACUGGGAGGGUCCGGGGGGGCCCGUGGGCUGCCCCCCCUCUUCCUCGCCUACAAGGAGAGGUUCCUGCUCUACGGCCGCUACUGCAGCCAGGUGGAAACGGCCGCCCGGCGCCUCGACCAGCUCGCGACCAACACCGACCUCCGCAUGAAGCUGCAGGAGUGCUCCCAACGAGCCAACAACGGGCGCUUCUCCCUACGGGACCUCCUGAUGGUGCCGAUGCAGCGGGUGCUCAAGUACCACCUCCUGCUCCAGGAGCUGGUGAAGCUGACCCCGGAGCCAGCCGAGAGGGAGAGGCUGCGGGCGGCCCUGGAUGCCAUGAGGGACCUGGCGCAGUGCGUGAACGAAGUCAAACGGGACAACGAGACCCUGAAACAGCUCACGAGCGUCCAGCUCUGCCUCCACAACAUGCCGCAGUCCCUGGCGCAGUUUGGGCGCCCCAAAAUCGACGGAGAGCUGAAGGUCUCCAGUACCGAGAGGCGCUCCAAGGUGGACAGGUACGGCUUCCUCCUAGACAAGGCCCUGAUCAUCUGCAAGCGCCGUGGGGACUCCUACGAGGCCAAAGACGUUGUGGACCUGCAGAGCCACCAACUGCGGGAUGGUGGCCUUGGCCCCCGCGACGGCAAGAAGUGGACCCACACCUUCCUGCUCAUUGACACGGCCGGGCUGCAGGGCUACGAGCUCUUCUUCAAGACCCGUGAGCUGAAGAAGAAGUGGCUGGAGCAGUUCGAGAUGGCCCUCUCCAACAUCUUCCCCGAGCACGCCCUGGCCGAUGGGCAUGACUUCCAGAUGUUCUCCUUCGAGGACACCACGUCCUGCAGGGCCUGCCAGAUGUUGCUGAGGGGCACGUUCUACCAAGGCUACCGCUGCAGCCGGUGCCGGGCCCCCGCGCACAAGGAGUGUCUGGGGCGGCGGACUUGCGGCAGGGGCGGCGCCGAUUCAGGCUCUGGCACGAGGAAGAACAAGUCGCAGCGGCCGGGCCCCGAAAAGAAGCGGGGAGACCUGGGGUUGCCCAAGAUGGAGGCGAGCCAACCCUACAGCGGCGUCCCACCACCGCCGGGGGCCCUGGGUCCUGCCCUACGCCUCAGCCCCGGGGACGUCGUGGAGGUCACCGUGGCCGAGGCUGAGCAGCUCUGGUGGCAGGUGCCACUGCCGGAUCUCUCCGUCUACCCCUGGUACGCUGGUCCCAUGGAGCGGGGGGAAGCCGAGCAGCUCCUGAUGCCCCGCUCCGACGGCGCCUUCCUGGUACGACAGCGGGUGAAGGACGCCGGCGAAUUCGCCAUCAGCAUCAAGUACCGCGGGGAGGUGAAGCACAUCAAGGUGAUGACGGCGGAGGGGCUCUACCGCGUCACCGAGAAGAAGGCAUUCAAAGGGCUGGUGGAGCUGGUGGAGUUCUACCAGCGCAACUCGCUCAAGGAUUGCUUCAAAGCCCUUGACACGGCACUUGUGGUGCCCUUCAAGGAACCCGAGAGCCGGGCUGGUCCCCGGCCACCCGGAGCCGUGCGCAGCUUUGGUUCGGCCAAAGCCCGCUAUGACUUCUGUGCCCGGGACCGAACGGAGCUGACGCUGCGGGAGGGCGAUGUCAUUCGUGUCCUCAGCAAGAAGGGCCACCCAGGCUGGUGGAAAGGAGAGAUCUAUGGGCGGGUUGGAUGGUUCCCCGCAAACUACGUGGAGGAAGAUUACUCGGAGUAUUGCUGACCAUGGACCCCCAUCCCAUCCACUACCUUGUGUCCCACCACCUGUGUCCCCCCCCGCAGAGGCCACCACAUCCCUUCCCACCCUUCCAACCCCCCAUUAAUUUAUGCCUCUUCCUGCCCAGGAGGGACAAUAAACGAGGAUG